UUAUCAAGUCUGGUUAUUGCAUUCAAACUUCUCAGGGGAAAAAUAACUAUACUCGUUCGUGUAAGCAACGCGCUUUUUUCGGAGACGGCGGCUUGGAGCUGCACGAUGCCGGGGCCACGGCUUUGGUUGUCGCCGGAGCUUACACUCUCGUCUCGACUUUUGAUAAACUCACCUCCGCAAAUCUCAUCCAACAGGAGUAUAGAAGUUGACUGCUCAGAGGUCGACUACCAUUGAUGACAGAUUUUCUUCUUCCUGUAAUUUCUUCUUAUUCCCGUGAGAAAACACGUGAAAGAAACAAUUUAGAUCCGAGAUAACCACAACGAGGGCCAUAAUUAUCGCUCUAUUCAGAAAUUAAAGACAAAAAAGUACAAGGAAGCAACGGAUCACGAACUCAAAAUCUUCGGGAACAUAAUGCUGUGUCAGAGUCACAACAAACUCAAAACACAUUGCUUAUUGUAUAUCUACAAGGACAAAUCAGUUUACAAAUGUGAGGCAAAAACCAUCUUAUGAGGCCUCGUCUUCAAAAUUUUCCCCUGAAGGCUAGUAGAGCAGCAAAUGUAGAACUGAAAUUGAUCAGAAGCGGGCACAUAGGGAAAACUGAAAGAACAGGGAGAAGAUCGUGGUUUCUUGAAGAAGGAAGGGAAAGAGAGAUGAUUUGAGGUUUGUUGAAGGAAGAGGUGUGGGGAUGACUUUUGUGGUGAAGGGAAAUUUUAUGUUUUAGGAAACUCAAUAGCUACUGAGGGAGUGUAUAUGAGCAUUAGUUUAUUUGAAUAAAAGGCAUUCCUGCAUUAUUGGCCACAAUCAUCGGAGUCAAGAACGUGUCUUAUUUCUUCCAUUAGACAUGGGGCAGUUUGGAUAAUGGUUUAUUUAAUCUCCAACUGUUUAUUGUAAUACUCGAAAUUACUUGCAGACUUCAUAUAAUGAAAUGAAAGAAUAUGAACUGCAUUUGUUUCACUUAGUUUGCCGGUUUUAUGUUGUUUCCAUCUUUCUGACAGAAUUUGAGCCGAAAACUGGUCCACAUACUGUCUGGAUUGCUCUUCAUGGCUUCCUGGCCAAUGUUCAGAUUAGCACAUCCACAGGAGCUCGAUACUUUGCUUCGCUGGUGCCCCUCAUAAACUGCUUAAGGCUUGUUGUCUAUGGCCUUUCAUUGGCUAAAGAUGAGGGACUCGUAAACUCUGUCACUCGAGAGGGGAAGCCUGAGGAAUUGCUUCGAGGUCCCCUUUAUUAUGUUAUGAUACUAAUUUUAAGUGCAAUAUUUUUCUGGCGUGACUCUCCCGUCGGAGUGGUUUCAGUGUCAAUGAUGUGUGGUGGGGAUGGCAUUGCUGAUAUCAUGGGAAGGAGAUUUGGAUCCUUAAAACUACCUUACAAUCAACAGAAGAGUUGGGCUGGUAGCCUCUCCAUGUUUGUACUUGGUUUCUUGAUUUCUAUUGGGAUGCUGUACUACUUUUCAGCCCUUGGAUGCUUUCAGUUGGAUUGGAGCUGCACGAUACAAAGAGUUGCCUUGGUAUCCUUGGUAGCAACACUGGUGGAGUCCCUCCCAACUACAGGAAUAGUAGAUGAUAAUAUCUCUGUUCCUAUAGCAAGCAUGGUAACUGCGUUUUUGAGUUUUGGUUACUAGCUGGUCAGAGAGAAUACCGUGUUACAUGCGUGUCAUAAUUUUUCUGUUGGCACUUCAAAUACUUCCCUUUUCAAUAUUUCCUGUUUCGUUUUUUUACUUUCUGGUGCAUAUUUUUCUUAUGUUUUAACCUCCAAAUUUCCUUAGCUCAUUGUAUUUGGGAACAAUAAAGAAGAAAAGGAGUAAUGGUUGGUACCUCCUUAUUUGAAGGUUGCUA